GUACGCUACGCACAAAACAGCAGAUCAUUUACACCCAAGACCUUGUCUCAGUUGCCUGUGAAAGAGACGCAGUCAGGUGUUGGGGUUGGGGAGCCGAAAUAGGUCGCCGACACUUCAAUUCAUCGCCCGACGUUCGUCGGAAACACCACCAUGCCUCCCCCGAUCAGGUCUUUUGGCAUGCAUGGAGGAAAUAAUGAAUUCCAGAAUCCCCACCAACAAGCACUCGAGGUUCAACCUCUCAACAGUGUGCCUUACAUUAGUUCACCUGCACCAGUUGGUGAUUAUGACUCAUUGCAAACUGAAAGUGAUGCCCAACCUGUUGAAAAAGUUGGACCAUGUAUGGUCUUUCUCCCAUCUAACACAACUAGAAAGGAAUGGGAUAACAUAGUGGUCUCUGCGAAAAGUGCAGUUGUGCUGACUGGGACUGCAGCUAUGGGACAGGUGGGACCAAUUGUGGGAUUAAUGGACAUUGGAGAAUGCGAUGACGCCUACAUGUUUCGUGUCUCCCUGCCUGGGGUAGCAAAAGAUGAAAAGGAAUUUAGUUGUGACAUUGAACCUAAUGGAACAAUAAUAAUAAAGGGCGUGACAACCACUGGUGAAAAAAUAGUGUGCAAGAACUCCCAAGUCUUUAGGAUGCAAACACAAAAUCUGCCCCAACCAGGGCACUUCUCCAUUAAAUUUCAGCUACCUGGUCCAGUUGAUGACCAACAGUUUUCAGGCCGUUUUGGGAAUGAUGGAAUGCUUGAGGGAAUUGUGAAGAAGAGUAUCCAAUAAGUCAUUAGCAUGGGCCAAUCCGAUUCACGAAAACAAAGAAGCAUCGUUAUCUAAGAGUGCCAUGAAGACAGUAGGGAUACCUCAGAAUAAGGAGAGCCUUGAAGAAAAAGGGAGAUUAUAGGAUCAUGGCCAGAGCUUUGCCCAUGUAAUUGUUGUACAAGGUUCUGUUGUAGAAGUAAUGUUUAAUUAAUAACUUUCAUUUUGUGGCAUUUGCCUUGUUUCCCCCUGUUCCCUUUGAGUUGUGAACUCUUUUUUGUAUUCCAUCUGUAAAAAAUUUGUUCUUUUUAAUGUUCAAAUUUUGAGAUUACAUUAAA